GAGAGACAAAUGUGAAGCUGAGGAGGGUCCGAACGAGACGCUCGCCUAAUAUUUAUUUGGUGGACAUGUGUGUGCGUUCAUGACGAUACACCACACACCCACUCCUUAAAUGUUGAUUUGCACCGCCAAUGUAGAAUGACUACGGUAUGAAAAGACAAUGCAGGAGGAUUCAGACAUCCGGGAUAAAUGACUGAGCUGAGUUCAACCAAUCCAAAGCGAGCAUCUCGGCUUAGCUGCUUGCACAAAGACCAAGCCAGGAUGAGAAGAACAGUGAUUGGUGAAAACCAAUCCCGGAUCAGUGCUCUCACGCGGAUUCCUUAAAUAGACCCCGCUAUCGAUCACAGAUUCAACGAUUCACCAUGGCAACGAGAGCGGCCUACUUCUCCCCGUCCGAGGCGGAAAUCCUCAUGGAGGUUUACGAGGAGGUUAAAGAACAAAUAAAAAUGAAAGGGAACACCGCCACAAUCAUAAAACAACGAAAGAAAGCGUGGCAAAGUAUUGCAGACCGCCUGAAUGCAUUAAAUAUGACUCAGUCACCACGGACGUGGCAGCAAGUCAAGAUUAAAUACAAGAACAUCCUCCAGAAUGUCAAAAAGAAAGCCCACAAGAAAUGCAGUGCCGGUGGGUCACCAAAAGCUGACAUCACCCCAGCAGAGGACAUAGCAUUGGCGGAGAAUAAAGCAAGGAUCAGUGAGGGAACGGAUACAAAUAUAUGUUCCUCCCAAAAUUCCAACAGUUUCAUAAAAGUUUCCGGCAGCAUCGUCAAACUGGAGCCACAAAUACCAGACGAUGCAGAUCCAGGUGAAGGCACCAAUGCAGUAGAAACUGAUGCUGUUGACGAUGAGACCAGCUCUCUCGGUUCCAGGAAACAUGAGGGCCCAGAUGGAGACAGCCAACCUGGCAACAUAAACUCCCAAGCUAUCAAACAGCUCUAUGCCCAACAUAUGCGGCAACAAAUACAACUAGCCGAUAUGGACAUGGAGUAUAAGAAAAGAAAGAUGGAAGACCUAGCACUGGACUCUGAAAUAAAGAGGAGGACAAUAAGAAUAUUGGACCUUAAAAUAAAGAAACUAGAACGGGAGCUUCAAGAAGAUGACACAAGUUAAUAAAGGUCUAAUAGAAUGAUAUUAAGGCACAUAAUUACCCUGAAAUCACUACAACCAAAAUAAAGAAG